CACGCCCUGCAAGCCAGCUGCAUAAAAAACAGAAACACAAUGUGGAGCUGAUGUCUCAGAGAGACUAACGAAUGCAAGUACUCACAAGCUAAACACUGGAAAACCGAAGUCAGACUGGACGGAAGCACACAGAAUUCCCCACCCCGCCUUUUAUCUGCGAUAAAGACACCAAACCAAAGUUCAUCUCUUCACUCACAGACAGUCCUUGUGCUUCCUUCCAGCCUGACAUCAUCUAUCUUGGUAAAACAGAUCUAAAAAUGGCUGAAAUCGAGGAUAUAAUUAAAGGAGCUGAAGAAGCUAUUGAUGGAGCCGAACAGGAGAUUGAAGACUUACCCGAAGAAACAAGAGAGGAAGCAGAAGCUGAAAUAGCUGAUGCCCGGGUUGAGGUUUCACGGUUUUCCAGAGUUACAGAAUCUUUAAAAACCUUCCUUGAGAUGGUGACAACUAGCAUACCGAAGGUAGCUAGCUUUGUUGGCAAGACUGUAGCUGUCGGUGUUAUCUUUUGGGGAGUAACUGCUUGUCUCAACAAAGUAGCACAUUAUCACCAUACCACUGAUGUAAAGAAGAAACGUAAUGCCAUUAAAGCUCUGACCACUGUGACCACAACUGAGACUAAGUUGAGUCAGAAGGUCUUGGAUUGGAUGAAAGAGCACAAAGAUGACACCAUUGUACUCGAUGGGUUUGAGAUUCCUCUGGAAUCAGUCAUUGCAAAAUACAUGAUUCCAAUAUCUGAGUCUGUUGAUGCAGCCUUCAAAAUCGCACAGAGGCUCCAGGACAAGCUUGAGGGAAAGACUGUCUUCAACGUGCCAACAGGAGGAGACAUGAAAGACUUCCUUGUGGCUGGUGAUGCAUAUCUCAAAGGGUUCUCUGACCUGAUCCAGUUCAUUUCCACAAAUGUGUCCAAGUUCCCUGUGCUUGGAACCUUUCCAGUGAAACAGGCAGACGUUGACCAGCUUACUGAUCAAUUAAACGAAGCUAAAUCCUUACCUCUGUGGUAAAGAAAUCAGAUGCUGUCAGUUUCCCUCCCUGUCACUAACAGUCUAGCAUUAGGAAUAUUAGGACAGGAAUAUCUGUAACUGUGCAAACUUCAAAGAAAAGUAUUUAGUGAAACACUUGCAGCCAUGUGUGUCUUUUAAACCAGUGUUUCCUCUUCACUCAUCAUUGAUCGGGCAAAACUAGAAACACAAAGGUCUGCAAUUACAACACUGAGUUUAACAUAAACCAAACAUUUAACCGAACAAUUUUAUACACUUCUAAAAUGUUGUAAUAAUGUUGAUUAGUUUAGGUACUCAAUACUCAGGUAUUGCAAAAUAUACACUUUUCAGUUAGUGCGCUAAAAAUGUUCUACUUAACAUGUCAUAGUUGCUUAUUGCUGUCUUGCUUUGCAUAGUUACUCUUUGUGACCUGAAGGGUAAAUUUCUGAGCAGGUGUCACCCGUUUAAUCAGAAAAGGGAACAAACCUCAUGUGAUCUCUGAGAUGUUCCCUGAAUGAUUAUUAAUUAAACACUUGAAAUGA